AUGUGUCAUGAGACCCACGAGUCCCCUAGUGAGACCCACGAGUCCCCUAGUGAGACCCACGAGUCCCCUAGUGAGACCCACGAGUCCCCUAGUGAGACCCACGAGUCCCCUAGUGAGACCCACGAGUCCCCUAGUGAGACCCACGAGUCCCCUAGUGAGACCCACGAGUCCCCUAGUGAGACCCACGAGUCCCUAAUAGUGAACAGAUAUAAGGAGUUAGAGAUACGAGUGGACAUGCUAGAGACAGGAGUAGCACAUCCACACUCUCCUGAGGAAAACGGAUUGGUAAUGGAAUUACAGGUUUGCAUGGAAGAAGUUAGUGGAGGAGUUUCGCAUCUGAUGAAGAUUAUAUGUUUCCUUCACGUGUGCCCCUUCCACGCUCAUCCUUCACGUGUGCCCCUUCCACGCUCAUCCUUCACGUGUGCCCCUUCCACGCUCAUCCUUCACGUGUGCCCCUUCCACGCUCAUCCUUCACGUGUGCCCCUUCCACGUUCAUCCUUCACGUGUGCCCCUUCCACGCUCAUCCUUCACGUGUGCCCCUUCCACGCUCAUCCUUCACGUGUGCCCCUUCCACGCUCAUCCUUCACGUGUGCCCCUUCCACGCUCAUCCUUCACGUGUGCCCCUUCCACGUUCAUCCUUCACGUGUGCCCCUUCCACGCUCAUCCUUCACGUGUGCCCCUUCCACGCUCAUCCUUCACGUGUGCCCCUUCCACGCUCAUCCUUCACGUGUGCCCCUUCCACGCUCAUCCUUCACGUGUGCCCCUUCCACGCUCAUCUCGUAUUAA